AGGUUUCUAUUUCCUUCUCCUUGCAGGAUCAAAGCGAAGCGUCGCUUCAUCUGGUCCACUCUGUGGCCCGCCUGAGGGAGCUGGGUCUGCGUGAGAUUGCUGCUAUGACGAUGAGCUCUGAGCGCCACGGCAACGGCUCAUAUGCUUUCACUCUCAGCAGCAACGCGGGGAACCAAAAGUUAAUUCAAGAGAUCGCCGUGGCAAAGACCUCAGAGACGGUGAGAGUGAGGGGUGAUUUUAGACACACGGUGGAUCAUCUGAAGAAACUGGGAGUCCCUGCAAACGGCCACAUCCUGGUGGAGGUUGCUUCUGCUGAGGGGAGGACGCUGGCCGUACAGUCCUGGUGUGGACAUCAGGAGGCGGGACUGACGCUCGACGUGAAGAGUUUCCCUCUGAGCAGAGAAAUCAGGGGACUGGUGUGGCACAGCUGGCCGUGGCUACGCGACGCAGGACUGCCGUUUAACACCGAGGGUCGAUGCUCCGUUCAGGGAGCCUCCUCUCGGCUUCAGUUCAACACGCAGCUCACUGUGGCCGGACACCAGCUGCUCACAUCUGGCGUGAACGUCAGCGCUGCUGACGGACAUCUGGCUGCACUCCUCUCCUACUGUCCUGCAGGCUUCAAUCAGACGGGCACACGACACGAGCUGGACGCGGUCCUGACCGCUCAGUUUAAAGGCCCUCUUCGAGGUGUUUCACUAGAUGUUUCCAGUCUGGGCCGGCGGGUUCGAGUGGUGGGGGAUGUAGGAGGAUGGGGAACACAUGGAGGAACCAAGGAGGCUAAAGUCACGCUGAAACACACCGUACAAGGAAGACGCAUCCCUGUCGUACAGGUGGAGGCUUGGGGGAGGCUGACCGACUCACAGCUGAGGUGUUCCAUGGCUGUAAACCCUGAGCUGAGCUCCUCGCUCGCUCUCAUCGUCCAGGGACGCCGCGUGCCUCACAGUAAGGACCUGAUGGUGAAGGUGGCCCACAACACCCCCAGGCUGCUUCUCUACGUUCCCUCUCAGCUCAACAUUCGGUCUCAGCUGAACCAGUCUGAGUCCAGCGUGGCGGGUCUGCUGGAGCUGGUAUCUGGCCGGAGGCGGCUGUGGGCUCUGGGGGAGCUGGCCGCCAUCGAGGGGGGAUUCACUCAGACGGUCGAGGUGAAACACUCGUGUCCACAGCUGAAGUCUCUGCCCAGAGCUGUCGCUGUUAGGACGGCGUACGAGACCAGGAAGUGGAGCUACCAUGUUCAGCAAGCUGCAGUGUGGGGCAACCACGAGUUCAGCUUGUCUGCUCUGUACUCCGCUCCGCCAGCGCUGGACUUGGGGAACCAGACACUGAGGGUUCAGUUGAGAGCCGUGCCCCGCCGGACCUGUUUGGAGGUGAUGCUGGAGCGCUCCUCACAUGCCAGGCUCCACAGCGUCUCACUGGGCUGGACAAGACACGGACGUCUGGAGCAGGCUAAAGUUGUCAGUGAAUGGAGUGUCUCUGAGGAGAGGAAUGAGACCAAGCUGGAUCUGCAGCAGCCUUUUUCCUCCUCCCUGAGCAAGCUGUCCUUGCAGACGGUGUCCCACAGUUCACAGAGGGACCAGCGCAGCAGCCACCAGGCCCAUCUGUCGUGGGAAAGUGCGGUCCCUGCCAACGUCUCGGUCAGCCUGCACCAGCAGUGGCAGAGCAACUCCAGCAGGGGGCAGCUCUGCGCGCUGCUGUCAGCACUGCAGCCAGCAGCGUCUUCUGUCAAAGGCUGCGUGUCAGUGGCCCAGGAGGGGGACUCAUAUUCACAAAAUGCAGAGUUAAGAUGGGGCAACAGUACUGUCAAGCAGGGCGUGAAGUACCAGAAGAAUCUGCGAGGCAUGCACAGUCUUCAGCUCCUCGCCGGUCUGGACAGAGUGUCCCCUGAACCCUGUCCAUCACACACACUCCUCGCCAAAGUUCAAACCAACCUCAGGGACCGCUUGGAGCACACAGUGCUGUUGAGCAUUUGUCCUGCACAGCCUGCUCUGUCGUGGUCAGGAUCUCACAGACUGAAGUCGGGAGAGGAGCUGCUGUACACCGAGUCUCGCCUGUCCGUCACAGGCCGCCCUCACGAGUGCAGCUUCACCCUCGCCGUCACCAACUCCUCCACCCCUCAGGGGCUCAACAUGUCUCUCUUCUCAGAGACCAGGGUGGGGAACUGGAGUGUGGAGAUGGGGGGCGCUGCCCUGUCCUGGUCUGGUGGAUCCAGUCUCCGGGUGCAGGCCGGGUUGGACCACCAGGAGAAGAUCUGGCUAAACGGGACGUUAGGGGGGCGGUGCCUUCAGACCACUGCAGGAUUCACAGAUGGCCUCAGGGAGCAGCUCAGCGCUGCCGUGUGUGUGGGAGUCGACCACACGUUAACGAUGAACGUGCAGAGACGGGAUGGCAGCAAUGGAAGCAGCAGUCUAGGACGCCUGUCUCUUGGAGCGUCCGGGCGGAGGUUUACGCUCCGAGUGAGCGGCUGUUUGGAGAGUUUAACCGCUGCAGAGGAACGAAUCCACUAUUUAAGCUCUCGGAUACAGAAUAAACUCGUGGAGAGAAUAAGGAGGUUACAGCAGUUCAUUGCUGAAUUCAGAAAACAGUCCAGAGACAGCCGGCUGCUGCAGGAGUUGAGUGCAGUCCCUCUUCACGUUUCAGAGCAGGUUGAGGCCUUGCUGGAGCGGGGGGCCCGGGGCCCGCUGGGUCUGUGGCACCGAAGCCCCCUGCGCCACGCCCUGACCAGCAGCCUGCCUCGCUUCCUGGGUCUGCUGCAGCACGCGGCGCUGCUGGGGCAGCAGGAGCUGAGGAGGCCCCUGGCCACUCUGGCAGGCGUGUACCAGGACGUGACGGGCCAGAGGCUGGAGGAGGUGUGGAGGGAAACGGUUCUGGCGUGGACGGACACGCUGGUGGACGUCCUGGCUGCUCUGCUGGAGAAGAACCCCCACCUGAAGACGCUUUCACAGGCUGCAGCCGCGGCACUGACCACCGCCCUGGACCUGGCCGGCCAACAAACCUACUCCUGGACUGAAACCAGAUUAGCCUCAGCGCUGUCUGGAGUCAGGAAACAACUGGCGUCUUUGUACAAGUUCUCCUCAAGAGAAUGUGCGGUGAGCGUCUCAGUGCCGCUGCCGCAUGUGUCCUCGCUGAGGGCGGCUGAGGCGGAGCUGACGGAGAUCCUCCUGGAGGAGUGGCUCCUGAGGCCCCUGCAGGCCCUCGCUGCUGUCAGGCCCAGCGCAGAGUUUUACCGCCUGAAGAGGAAGAUGAUGGACAGCCCCUUCAUACACCAAGCUCUUCUGGUGGCUGGCCGGUUCGUGGUGACGUUUGACGGCCGUCUGUACGAGCUGCCCUCCCCGUGUCCACUGCUCCUGGCCCAGGACGUCGGCAGCAAGCGGUCGUUCACGCUGGUGCUCAACAGCGACUCGGACACCUUCCUGCUGGUGCACCUGAACAACCACACCAUCAGCAUGCAGCACACUGGAGGGGUGAAGGUGGACUGCAGCAACGCCGUCUCACACACGUUUUCCAGCGAUGACGGGCUUACCGUGAGCAGAGGGUCAAACAUGGUGCAAGUGUCCAGUCAGCAUGGACCGUCACUCUCGUGUGAUCCGUCGUUCGAGCUGUGCAGCUUCACUCUGGAUGGAUGGUCACAUGGUGCAUCCACCGGUCUGUUGGGGACCAAUGACAAUGAUGCAUUCAAUGACUUUCCUCUGCAUGACGGAUCUCAAGCUGCAGCAUUGGAGGAUUUUUUCCACAGUUGGCAGCUGAGACCAAAGUGCAUCGCACCUCCGGAUACAGCAGAUCCAACGUCGACGGCGGCACCGAGCCUCGUGAGCUGCAGCGCUCUGUUCUCCUUUCCUGAUUCGCCACUGGGUGCCUGUUUCAGGGUGGUGGAUCCUGGACAGUUCCUGUCUGUAUGUCAGCUGAGCUCCUCCAGAGCCCCCUGCAGAUUAGCAGCUGCUUUUGUUCAUCUCUGCAAGCAGAACUACAUACCGCUGGAGGUCCCAGUCCAGUGCAUGACAGCAUGAAGGACAAGCUAAUGACGAGUAAACGUGGACGAUUCCUCGGUUAGCUGCUACAAUGAACACAUUUACACUUGUAUACCACUGGUUGUGCUGCGUUCUUCACAUACUU